AUGGCGUUCCUGGCCGGGCCGCGCCUGCUGGACUGGGCCAGCUCGCCGCCGCACCUGCAGUUCAACAAGUUCGUGCUGACGGGCUACCGGCCGGCCAGCAGCGGCUCGGGCUGCCUGCGCAGCCUCUUCUACCUGCACAACGAGCUGGGUAACAUCUACACGCACGGGCUGGCCCUGCUGGCUUUCCUGGUGCUGCUGCCCAUGACCGUGCCCUGGGGCCAGCUGGGUAAGGAUGGGUGGCUCGGGGGCACGCACUGCGUGGCCUGCCUGGCACCCCCUGCGGGCUCUGUGCUCUAUCACCUCUUCAUGUGCCACCAGGGGGGCAGCCCCGUGUACACGCGGCUCCUUGCCCUGGAUAUGUGUGGGGUCUGCCUUGUCAACACCCUCGGGGCCCUGCCCAUCAUCCACUGCACCCUGGCCUGCAGGCCCUGGCUGCGCCCAGCCGCCCUGCUGGCCUACACCGUGCUGUCAGGGGUGGCCGGCUGGCGGGCCCUCACUGCCCCGUCCACCAGCGCCCGGCUCCGCGCCUUCGGCUGGCAGGCUGGUGCCCGUCUCCUAGUAUUUGGAGCCCGGGGAGUGGGGCUGGGCUCUGGGGCCCCGAGCUCCCUGCCCUGUUACCUGCGCAUGGAUGCGCUGGCGCUGCUCGGGGGGCUGGUGAAUGUGGCCCGCCUGCCUGAGCGCUGGGGGCCCGGCCGCUUCGACUACUGGGGCAACUCACACCAGAUCAUGCAUCUGCUCAGCGUGGGCUCCAUCUUGCAGCUGCACGCCGGCGUCGUGCCCGACCUGCUGUGGGCCGCCCGCCAUGCCUGCCCGCCGGACUGA